AUGUACCGGGGAUCACGAGGGACCCCAUCUGAUGCUGAUGGAUGCGACGUGACGCAUGUUAACUGUACCCUACAUAUCCGUACUCCGUAUCCAUCAGGCAUUCAGCCAAGGCCUCAGACACCGGAAAGAGGCAAGGCGCGUGUGUUCCCAACUGUUGCUCUUGGUGGCGCGCCGCCCACAAUGCACUGUGCCUGCGUUUCGCGCCUUUGA